UAUGUGUUCUGAUUGAAGUAGGGAGAAUUUAUAAAUAUAAUAAAUCAUUAGAGAAGCGCUUGUGUUAAAAAAAAAAAAAAAGUUGCUGUUUUUCAGGCUUUUUGGCAAACAAUGCCUUAGACCCCGUUUGUCUCAGCCAUAAACCGCACGUCGAAACUCCUGUUCAGACGCGAAACAAACCUCUCUCGAACAAACAGGGCUCUGCACCGUACAAACAUAAGAGCACCAGAGUUUCUCUUGCAUUUUUGUCAAGAGCUGCAAGAACUUAGAGCGCCAUGUAUUCUCCUUCUGAUGAUGGUCUGUUGAUGAAAAACCUCUUGUUUUUGUUGAAUCACAUGUAUGUUUAGUGUUUCAGCAUGUAUUUCUACAUGCAUGAUUAGAUGUAUGUGUUUGAGGAUUUCAAUGUUGUUGCUGAAAACAACAUAUGUGCUUGGAGUAUUUUCUUUUUCAACAUUGAGCAUCUCUUUGUGGGGGUUGGAAGCUAAUCUUUGUGUUCAUACCAUGGCAGAUGUUCUGAUUCUUAAGGCUGCUGCUAGCGGAGACCUUAAACAACUUCAGCAGGUAGCAGCGAGACUUGAUAGCGAGGAGUUCCGAGGAAAAUGCGAGGUGUGCAAAGAUUGUGAAGGGCGGACAGCUUUGCAUUAUGCGGCUCGAAAGGGAAAUAUUCAGAUAUGCAAGUUCUUGAUUGAGAAAGUUAAAGUCGAUAUUGAUAUCAAAACUGAAAGAGGGGACAGUUCUCUUUUACUUGCUACAGCAAGGGAGCGUAUCAAUACUGCAAAGUAUCUCAUCAUACGGGGUGCUGAUAUUAGAAACAGUGAUUCGAAGGGAAUGACUUCCUUGCAUUAUGCUGCUGAAAGAGGUAACAAGGAGCUUAUGCAAUUAUUGCUAUUCAAAGGUGCUGAUAUAGAGGCAAAGUCUGUUUAUGGAACACCGCUACAAUGCGCGGCAUCAUCAGGAAGUCUUGAAUCUGUUAGAUUUCUGUUGGGUCAUGGUGCCAAGCCAAAUUCAGUUUCUCAACUUUCUUUCUCCCCCCUUAUGUGGGCACUUUCAUGCCACUCAUCUGAAUGCUUGGAGCUGUUGCUGAAGGCUGGAGCUGAUCCAAACCUUAGUUCAUUUGGGAUGAGUCCUCUGUCUUAUGCAGCCACAGAAGGUGAAGCAGGACUUCUUAGGUCUUUGCUUGGAGCUGGGGCAAAUCCAAACUCAAUUACCACAGCUCAUCUGAGACCUAUAGAGUAUGCCGUUUCGAAGGGGAACUAUGCAAUAGUUAAGAUUUUGUUUCCACUGACUCAGCGCAUUCCAGAAUAUCCGGACUGGAGCAUUCAUGGAAUUGCAAAGUACUUCCACUCUGAACCAGCUAAGAUAAAGAGAGAGGAGACGAGGAAUGCUUACUCUAAAUUGGUGAAACAGAAAGGCAACGAUGCGACGAACAGAAAGGAAUACUGGGAUGCGAUCAAAUGGUACAGUGAGGCAAUUUAUCUUGAUUCAUCAGAUGCAAGACUGCUAUCCAAUCGGAGCUUGUGUUGGGCAAAAUUGAAUGAAGCUGCUUUUGCUUUAUUUGAUGCUGAGGCCUGUGUUAGAUUGAGACCUGAUUGGCCCAAGGCUCACUACAGAGAAGGUGUGGCAUGGAGACUACUUAAAAACUAUCUCAUGGCGUCCACGGCAUUUUCAAAGGGCUUCAGAUUGGAUCCAAGAAACAAGGAAAUUGAAGAUGCAUUUAGAGAUGCCUGCAUGUCCUCGUUGGAUGAGCUGGCUGCAAAGCGCCCUUUGGACGCCGAGAGGAUUCGUCGAACCGUCAAUAUAUAGCUCACUUCGUCUCCCUGCAGGAGAACUAUUUUUGUAGGCAUCGGCUCUAGGCCUGUGGCUAGGUACAGCAUCUGCUAUUGCAACACUGGGUGCAGCCGUUUCGUUGUGUUGUAUGGCAUUUAUCUUGGAGC